UAGCAAGACAAAAUGACGAAAUUACAACGAUCAAAUUUCCCUUGAGGGACGACACUUUUAUUUCAAUUGCAUACGUCCGAUUCAAAAGUGCCUUGAUGAAUGAAUUGGACAUGGCAUUGUUAUAUUUAAAAUCAAUACAGAUUGACCUUAAUUGAAGCGUGUGUAGAACAGAUCUCGUGCUUGAUAAGAGGAUUUCCAUCACUGGGGCACGUGGUUCGCAUUCCAGUCAACACUCGAAUCUCUGCAGACCACAAUAACAGCUUAAAGAAAGCUGAACUCACUCAUUCUGUUGCUUCGAGAGCCUCAAAGGACCCCUACUAAACCAGUUUUCCUAUGCAAUAGAACGAUGACGGAGUUCAAAGUUCUGUUCCUCUACACUAAGAAAGACAAACACAAUAGCGAGGAGCUCAAAGACUACUUACGCAUGAAACUCGGGUCACACGUGAAGCUCAACAACAUCUUGGACGUCCUUGGCAACCAAUCUACUCUAGAGGACGAACUUUUCCAGAGCAAGUGCAUCGUCCUCGUGUAUUCAAAGACYUGUGAAGAUUACUUACAAGARGGCUACAGUGAAUUUCGAGACGACUUCGUAACUUUCGAUGGCAGUAUCAUUAAAGCUUUUGUUCAAGAAGACACUGUAACGAAUAGAAUUGUGGUGGUGUAUUUCAACAGCGAACAGCCCAAAGAUUGGAUAGCCAAGAGACUGGGUACYUCACGGUUAUUUCACCUCGAGGGGGACUGUUUCGACAAAGURGACCCACGACUCGAUGAGUUUGUUCAGACAGUAAAGUCGCUGACCAAGAAACAACUUAAAUAAAACAUUGUUUGAUAAAAAGAACUUAGAAACUAAAGAUAAUGUGUAUUAGUCCUAAAAUAGUCUUCUUCGCGGUUCCCUGCGCCAUCCUGAAUGGUAGCCAUGCCUUUACAUCGAAACGAGAGGACCGUUGAGCGUGCAAUGUUAGAAACCUUCUUUCACACCUACAGACAAUAUCCAGACGUUUCUAUCAUUGCACGCUCAAUGGUUGUCUCGCUUCGAUGUAAGUCACGGCUAUCAUUCACAGAUGCCGCAGGGAACCGCGAAGGAGACCAUUAUGUCUUCAGAUCUUGCAAGUUAACAAAAGUGGAAAAAGUGGAAAUUUAAACAACAAAAGAUGGACAAAUAUGUCCAAAAACUGGCUGUAAUUUUGGAUAUACUUUCGAGAAAAAAAGGCUACACCUUUCAAACUCAAACAAAGCUCUCAACUGAAUAUUAGGUUUAUUUGAGCUGAAGGAAUUGACUCUGUCUGUUUUGCAUGAUUGACAGAUUGUUUAGCAUUGUAGCAUAGCAGUGCUUUGUUUAGCAUUGUAGUAAGACUCAUUUGUUGUGACAUAGAAAUAUUUUAAUAGUAUUUAUUAAAAUUGCCUAGUGAUAAUU